AUGGCUCCGUCAGCAAUCUCGACCGAAGAGGUCGCUCGUGUCGCUACGCUUCCAAUCAAUGGGAAGAACUCAACAUCCCCAGCCCGCGCUCCGUUGCAGAGCUCUGGCUCCCUGGAUGCAUUCGAGUCUUUCGAUGUAACCAAUGUUAUUGGGAGAGAGUUCCCAACUUUGCAGGUCAGCGAGAUCCUCAAAGAUGAUAACAAGAUCCGCGACCUGGCAAUCCUCGUUUCUCAAAGAGGAGUUGUCUUCUUCCGCAACCAGGACCUUAACAUCGAAGAUCAGAAGGUGCUGGGGCAGAAGCUCGGCGAGUUGACCGGCAAGCCAGAGACGUCCAAGCUCCAUCGACAUGCUCUCCUCAACUCCAAGCGAGGCCUCACCGUAGACGAGAACGGCAAAGUCGAUGACGAAGUGUCAAUCAUAUCCUCCGAGCAGAACAGGAAGUAUUAUAAGGGGCGAUACGAUGCUGGGUCGAAAUAUCUUGCCAGUGAUGGAUGGCACGCCGACAUCACCUUCGAACGCAUUCCGUCCGAUUAUGCAAUCUUGAAGAUCACACAGCCGUCUGACGACGCCGGAGGAGAUACCCUUUGGGCGUCCGGUUAUGAAGCAUACGAUCGCUUGUCGCCAGCCAUUCAGAAACUUGCAGAGAGCCUGACCGCCACACACUACCAGCCAACCUUCAAUGAAGCCGCCAAGCAACACGGCCUCGAGCUCAUUGACAGCAAUCGCGGCGCUCCAGAGAACAGCGGCCUCGACUUCACCGCUUCGCACCCCGUCGUUCGAACGAACCCAGUCACUGGUUGGAAGUCGCUGUUCGCCGCUGGUGGCCAAGUCAAGCAUGGCUGGAUCGACGAUGUCACUCCGCACGAGAGCGAGAUCCUGAAGGAGUAUUUCCUGGAUGUGAUUGCGAAGAAUCAUGAUCUUCAGGUCCGUUUCCGUUGGAACAUUAACGAUCUAGCAAUUUGGGAUAAUAGGAGCGUCUUCCACACUGCUACCAAUGAUUACUUCGGCUCGCGCCAGGGCAACCGAGUAGUGUCGCUGGGCGAGAAGCCAUAUUACGACCCUAAUUCAGUGUCUAGGAGGGAGUCGUUGUUCAAAGCUGGUCUUUAG